AUGGAGCUGGGCCCGGAGCACUCGCACCGCCGCCGCCUUCUCUUCGCCUGCAGUUCGCCGCCAGCCGUCGUCAAGGCCCUGUUCCCUGCUGGUCCCGGGGGUCUGUCCCCGGUCACCAACCUCGCAGUCACCAUGGACCAGCUGCGGGGCCUGGGCAGUGAUUGUGAGAAUCCACUGGAAAUGAAGAACAGUAGCAGCCUACAGCGAACAAGCUCCUCAGAGUCUACAGAUUCAGGUUUUUGUCUAGAUUCUCCUGGGCCCCUGGAUAAUAAAGAAAACCUUGAAAAGCCCAUGAGGAGAAUAAAUUCCCUGCCACAGAAGCUCCUAGGUUGUAGUCCUGCCCUAAAAAGAAGCCAUUUUGAUUCACUUGACUGUGAUAUCUUUCAGCUAAGCGACCAUGAUGAAAACAAGGAAAAUGAGGGCUUUGAAUUUAAGAAGCCAACAAGACCUGUACCUCGUGGUCCUCUUCAUGGACUUGGAGAGGUCAAAGAUGUCUUCACCCAAAGGCAGAAUUCAGCCCCAGCUCAAAUGCUUUUUUGCCAUGAAAAGGAUAACAGUGAACUUGCAAACUCCUUCCCUCUCUUCCUGCCACAGUUUCCUCUGACCUCUCUAUCUGAUGAGGAUGAUGGAUUCCUGGAAAUCCUUGAUGGAGAAAACCUGAAGAAUGAUGAUGAAACUUCAUCGUGCAUGUCAAGCCUUUGGACAGCUCCCCUAGUAAUGAGAAGAACAGCAAGCCAAGGUAAACGAUGCAAGCUGUUUGAAUCCUCAUCUACACCUAGUACUAUGACUCGUCCUGUGUUGAAGAGACUGGAACGUUCUUCAGAGGAUUCCCCACCAGGAAACACAAAAAAGAGGAAAAGUGCAAUAGAAGAACCUCCUGAAGAAGCAAUGAAACUGAAUGAGAGCCUACAACCAUCUAUACCCCAGUCAUCUUCCACAGAAGAGACCAUUGAGAGUAUUUUGGACAGUGACCAAAGGGACCUCAUUGGUGAUUUCUCAAAGGGUUACCUUUUUCACACAGUUGCUGGAAAGCACCAGGAUCUAAAAUACAUUUCUCCAGAAAUAAUGGCAUCUGUGUUAAAUGGGAAGUUUGCAAAUCUAAUUAAAGAGUUUGUCAUCAUUGACUGCAGAUAUCCAUAUGAAUAUGAAGGAGGCCAUAUCAAGGGCGCGGUGAACUUACACAUGGAAGAAGAGGUAGAAGCCUUCUUGCUGAAGAAGCCCAUCAGACCAACAGAUGGCAAACGUGUCAUUGUUGUUUUCCACUGCGAGUUUUCUUCAGAGCGGGGGCCUCGGAUGUGUCGAUUUGUGAGAGAGCGGGACCGGCUAGAUAACGAGUACCCCAAACUCCACUACCCUGAGCUAUAUGUUUUAAAGGGAGGGUACAAGGACUUCUUUUUGAAGUGUAAGUCGUACUGUGAGCCCCCAAGCUACCGUCCCAUGCACCAUGAAGACUUUAAGGAAGACCUGAAGAAAUUUCGUACCAAAAGCCGGACAUGGGCAGGGGAGAAAAGCAAAAGAGAAAUGUACAGUCGCCUAAAGAAGCUCUGAGAACAGGGCUCCUCGGACAGCAGCCACAGAACCCUGUGCUCCGGAGAAGCCUGGGGAAAGGGGCCAGCCAGAUGGGUCUUCCGGCUAAGUCUUGCUCAUUCCACAUGCUGACCAUCACUACCUGG